UAUAGAUCAAAAUCGAAAGAAGAAGAAGAAGGUUAGAGGUAUAACAAGAGGCUUGGAAACGAUGAAACUGGCUGCUGCCAUGGGGAAAGAAAAAUUUCCAAUUACAAUUGAUGUCUCACAAGGUCGACCAGUUAAUGGUGUCCAAUCUGCCAAACUUUCAAGUGAGCUUGGUUUGAUAAGUCGAGAAUACAUGGAUGAGAUCCCUAUCCGCUGGACUAAGGAUUUCAAGAAGAACCAUCUGCGUUCAGCUUAUGACAGAAUAAAUAGGCAUCUGCAAGUUGAAGAUAUCAGCGAAGAGGCUGUCCAAGAUUCUAUCGAUGGGUUAUUGCAAAUCCAAGUCAAGAAGCAACGUUCCAAGCUGAAAAAGAUAUUCCUUGAGUGCAGGGAUGCAGUGGAAGCUAGAACAAUGAAGCCUCCUGGAAUAAGCCAAAAGAACUGGGACGAUUUGAUUGACUAUUGGCUCAGUGACAAAGCUAAGCGUGUUGCUGUUGCCAACACACAGAACCGACAGCGUGUAAACUGUAAAGGCCUCCCAUCGCCAAGGACGUAAAGCUUUUGUUGUCUUAAGAAAUGAAAUUAAGGAAGCGAAUAAUGGAGAAGAAUGUCCCCAUAGCACCUCCUGAAGUGGUCGAUUCUGAAGAAGUACAAGACAAUGUCGACAUUGCACCUUCGACUCGCUCAAUCCUUCGCCUGCGAGAUUGCCGCCGCCGCUCAUCCUUCGUCCGCGAUAUUGCCGGCGUCGUCGCUCACUCUCCUUCGUGCUCGGGAUCUCCUUCGACUCUUCCAAGGCGCUGUGGAGGAGGAACCACAACGCGUCAAGACCGGCCGCGACGACGAUGUUCAGAAUUACAAGUCAAUUUCUCAUUUUUAGUAGCUUCGUCGUUUUGAACUGCAUUGAAAAGAACUGUUCAAUUUUCUCAUUGCUCGUUUUUUGUGUGGUUUUCCUGGAGGUGACGGGAGGAACAAGGGGAUUGGGUUCGAGAUUUGUAGGCAGUUGGCUUCUAAUGGCGUUAUGGUUGUUUUAACAGCUAGAGAUGAAAGCAGGUUGAUUUAACUGCACUUACAAAGUACUACUCAGAGGUUCUCCCUCCUAGCAAUACUCCAGGUGUAUGCAUCCUGGACAUGUGUAGCAGUUGGCCAUUACCCAUAAGGAUACAAGCAAGAUCGUAUAGUUGGGAUGGGAAUGAAUGAAGAAGAGCUCAAGUGAAAUCCUGUAUUUCGAACAGGGGCAGAAGAAUUUAAAGGAGUUGGGUGAUCAUGUCAACUGCAGCAGUUAGGAACCUCUCAAGCCGAAGUGAUUUCUUUGGCAGAUUGGAGUUUCUCAUUUUUUUCUAUUUUUGUAUUUUUUUAAUGAAUUAGUACUGCUAUGAACUAAUGUAAGUUGGUAUUUGGUUGGAAAUAUAAUGUGACCA